ACGAGCGCCGCUGUGAUUGGUGAGGCCCCGCCAGGGGUGGAGACGACCUUGCCGCCGGCGGGAACUCUGGGUCUCGCGGUUUGGCAGCGCCACUCGCCAGGUGGACCCGGAGUCCGCGAGCGUCGUCGGCAAGUGGCUGCCUUUACCCGGUACCCCGAGCACCAUGUCGUCCCCGGCGUCGACCCCGAGCCGCCGCGGCAGCCGGCGUGGAAGGGCCACCCCUGCCCAGACGCCUCGAAGUGAGGAUGCCAGGUCAUCUCCCUCUCAGAGACGUAGAGGCGAGGAUUCCACCUCCACGGGGGAGUUGCAGCCGAUGCCAACCUCGCCUGGAGUGGACCUGCAGAGCCCUGCCGCGCAGGACAUGCUGUUUUCCAGCCCUCCCCAAAUGCAUUCUUCAGCUAUCCCUCUUGACUUCGAUGUUAGUUCACCACUGACAUAUGGCACUCCCAGCUCUCGGGUAGAGGGAACACCAAGAAGUGGUGUUAGGGGCACACCUGUGAGACAGAGGCCUGACCUGGGCUCUGCACAGAAGGGCCUGCAAGUGGAUCUGCAGUCUGAUGGGGCAUCAGCAGAAGAUAUAGUGGCAAGUGAGCAGUCUCUAGGCCAAAAACUUGUGAUCUGGGGAACAGAUGUAAAUGUGGCAGCAUGCAAAGAAAACUUUCAGAGAUUUCUUCAGCGUUUUAUUGACCCUCUGGCUAAAGAGGAAGAAAAUGUUGGCAUAGAUAUUACUGAACCUCUAUACAUGCAACGACUUGGGGAGAUUAAUGUUAUUGGCGAGCCAUUUUUAAAUGUAAACUGUGAACACAUCAAAUCAUUUGACAAAAAUUUGUAUAGACAACUCGUCUCUUACCCACAGGAAGUUAUUCCAACUUUUGACAUGGCUGUCAAUGAAAUCUUCUUUGACCGUUACCCUGACUCAAUCUUAGAACAUCAGAUUCAAGUGAGACCAUUCAACGCAUUGAAGACUAAGAACAUGAGAAACCUGAAUCCGGAAGACAUUGACCAGCUCAUCACCAUCAGCGGCAUGGUGAUCAGGACAUCCCAGCUGAUUCCCGAGAUGCAGGAGGCCUUCUUCCAGUGCCAAGUGUGUGCCCACACGACCCGGGUGGAGAUGGACCGCGGCCGCAUUGCAGAGCCCAGUGUGUGCGGGCGCUGCCACACCACCCACAGCAUGGCACUCAUCCACAACCGCUCCCUCUUCUCUGACAAGCAGAUGAUCAAGCUUCAGGAGUCUCCGGAAGACAUGCCUGCAGGGCAGACACCACACACAGUCAUCCUGUUUGCUCACAAUGAUCUCGUUGACAAGGUCCAGCCUGGGGACAGAGUGAAUGUUACAGGCAUCUAUCGAGCUGUGCCUAUUCGAGUCAAUCCAAGAGUGAGUAAUGUGAAGUCUGUCUACAAAACCCACAUUGAUGUCAUUCAUUAUCGGAAAACGGAUGCGAAACGUCUUCAUGGCCUUGAUGAAGAAGCAGAACAGAAACUUUUUUCAGAGAAACGUGUGGAAUUGCUUAAGGAACUUUCCAGGAAACCAGACAUUUAUGAGAGGCUUGCUUCAGCCUUGGCUCCAAGCAUUUAUGAACAUGAAGAUAUAAAGAAGGGAAUUUUGCUUCAGCUCUUUGGCGGGACAAGGAAGGAUUUUAGUCACACUGGAAGGGGCAAAUUUCGGGCUGAGAUCAACAUCUUGCUGUGUGGCGACCCUGGUACCAGCAAGUCCCAGCUGCUGCAGUACGUGUACAACCUCGUCCCCAGGGGCCAGUACACGUCUGGGAAGGGCUCCAGUGCAGUUGGCCUCACUGCGUAUGUAAUGAAAGACCCUGAGACAAGGCAGCUGGUCCUGCAGACAGGUGCUCUUGUCCUGAGUGACAACGGCAUCUGCUGUAUCGAUGAGUUCGACAAGAUGAAUGAAAGUACAAGAUCGGUAUUGCAUGAAGUCAUGGAACAGCAGACUCUGUCCAUUGCAAAGGCUGGGAUCAUCUGUCAGCUCAAUGCGCGCACCUCUGUCCUGGCAGCAGCAAAUCCCAUUGAGUCUCAGUGGAAUCCUAAAAAAACAACCAUUGAAAACAUCCAGUUGCCUCAUACUUUAUUAUCAAGGUUUGAUUUGAUCUUCCUCAUGCUGGACCCUCAGGAUGAAGCUUAUGACAGGCGCCUGGCUCACCACCUGGUCGCACUGUACUACCAGAGCGAGGAGCAGGCGGAGGAGGAGCUCCUGGACAUGGCGGUGCUAAAGGACUACAUUGCCUAUGCGCACAGCACCAUCAUGCCGCGGUUAAGUGAGGAAGCCAGCCAGGCUCUCAUCGAGGCUUAUGUAGACAUGAGGAAGAUUGGCAGUAGCCGGGGAAUGGUUUCUGCAUACCCUCGACAGCUGGAGUCAUUAAUCCGCUUAGCAGAAGCCCAUGCUAAAGUAAGAUUGUCUAACAAAGUUGAAGCCAUUGAUGUGGAAGAGGCCAAACGCCUCCAUCGGGAAGCUCUGAAGCAGUCUGCAACUGAUCCCCGGACUGGCAUCGUGGACAUAUCUAUUCUUACUACAGGGAUGAGUGCCACCUCUCGUAAACGGAAAGAAGAAUUAGCUGAAGCAUUGAAAAAGCUUAUUUUAUCUAAGGGCAAAACACCAGCUCUAAAAUACCAGCAACUUUUUGAAGAUAUUCGGGGACAAUCUGACAUAGCAAUUACUAAAGAUAUGUUUGAAGAAGCACUGCGUGCCCUGGCAGAUGAUGAUUUCCUGACGGUGACUGGGAAGACCGUGCGCUUGCUCUGAAGCCUUGUGAGCAAGGAAGGCUGCCUGCAUGUCCUGCUUGCUGCACGCCACAUGGGUGUGGUCUGCAUCUCAGUUGGCCGCCAUCAGUGUAAAUAGAGCUUAAAGUCAUGGUUUAGCUGCAUAAAAAUUUUCUAACUUGGGUUCAAUAUUUGUAAUGAAGUAUCUGUUUUCAUUUUUUUCACGUUAUAAAUAAAAAUACUAUGCUGGCCGGGCACGGCGGCUCACACCUGUAAUCCCAGCACUUUGGGAGGCCGAGGCGGGUGGAUCACGAGGUCAGGAGUUCAAGACCAGCCUAGCCAAGAUGGUGAAACCCCGUCUCUACUAAAGAUAACAAAAAAUUAGCUGGGCGUGGUGGUACGCGCCUGUAAUCCCAGCUACUAGGGAGGCUGAGGCAGGAGAAUCGCUUGAACCCAGGCGGCAGAGGUUGCAGUGAGCCAAGAUCGUGCCACUGCACUCCAGCCUCAGCAGCAGAGUGAGACUGUCUCAAAAAAAAAAAAAAACGAUGCCAAUUUGCAAACAUACUGUAAAGAUUAUUUUCAAGUGCCAUUUUAUAGUAUAGCAGCAGGGCUUUUACUCUGUGUAUGCACAGAUGCAGUCUAGGGCAUGGUUUGUGUGCUGGACUUUCUCAUGGCCAUCAUCAGUAUGCGUAUGGAUUUGAUGACAGGCAUAGCCAGGGCAUAUCACCUCAUUGGUAAAGGGCUAGAGCCUUUCUUUUUUAUGGCAGUUUUAUUUUUGUUGUUGUGUUUUUUUUUUUGUUUUUGUUUUUUGUUUUUUGUUUUUUUUUUUUGAGACAGGGUCUUACUCUGUCACCCUGGCUAGAGUACACUGGUACAAUCACGGCUCAAUGCAGCCUUAACCUCCUGGGCUCAGGUGUAUGUCACUAUACCCGGCUACUUUUUGUAUUUUUUGGUAGAGACAGGGCUUCGCCGUGUUGCCCAGGCUGCAAGCGAUAUGCCUAGGCUCAAGCGAUCUGUCCACCUCAACUUCUGGAAGUGCUGAGAUUACAGGUGUGAGCCACUGCACCCAGCCUUUGUUUUAUUUUUUAUUUUUUGAGAGAUAUGAUUCUUUCUAGAGGUUUUUUUCUCAUGGCUACUAUUAGAUCAGGAAUGGGUGAUUGGAGAUUAUUAGAUUCUAGGUUAACUUCUACCCCUUUACCCUAAUACGUAAAACUUCCUAAAUAAAUGAUAGAAGGAAUAAUAUUUGGUUAUCUGGCAUUAUUUUUCAGUAAGAAAAAAGCUUUACUAACCACUACAUUCAUGGAAAUUUGUAGGGGUAAGUAUUUUAUAGGUCAUAAAAAACACCAUAAUAUAAUAUAACGAAUCUCGUUUUCUUUAAAUAUAAAUUAAAUCCUAACAGUCAUCUUUAUAAAAUGACCAUAGGCUAAAAUUUUAUGUGUAAGUACUACUACAAUAAAUAAUUUCUGAAACCUUUAAA